GCUGUGGGUUUCCCAUUCUCGUUUGGGGAAGAAAACACCUGGUUGCUCUAUAAAAAGGUCCCCUGCUUAUAUUCAGAGUGUUGGAUCUAUUGCUCAGAGAUGACACAGAUUUGGGUUCUUGGUGCGGUCCUCUGCCUGUUUGGCUCAGCAUAUGCUGAUGAGGUUUGUUACGAUGGCUUGGGCUGCUUUAGCGACUUGCCGCCAUGGGGGGGCACCAAAGAGCGCCCCCUCGCCAAACUGCCCUGGGUGCCGGGCAUGAUCGAAACGCGCUUCCUCCUCUUCACCCCGAAGAACAAGUACUACCACGAGAUCAAGGCAGACGCAAAAAUAAUGAAGGUCACCAACUACAACAAGCUCAAGGCAACACGCUUCAUCAUCCCAGGAUACCUGGAGGCCAAGGACGAGGACUGGGCCCAGCAUAUGUGCAAGGACAUGCUCAAGUGGGACAGUGUGAACUGCAUUGCGAUGGAGUGGAAGGCUGGCGUUAGAGCGCCGUACGCCCAGGCCGCAAACAACGCCAGGGUGGUGGCGGCCCAGGUGGCCCACAUGAUCAACUUCCUCAUGGGCAACUACAAGCAGACGGCCGAUAAGUUCCACAUUAUCGGACACAGCCUGGGCGCACACGCCGCUGGCGAGGUCGGCAGACUGGUCCCCAAUCUCGCACGAAUCACCGGUUUGGAUCCCGUGGAGCCAUACUUCCAGGGAGCUAGCCGCGACGUGCGCCUGGAUACUAGCGACGCCGCCUUCGUAGACGUGAUUCACACUGAUUCACUACCGUUCACUAAAAACAAGCUUGGUCUAGGGAUGUCUGGGAACAUGGGCCAUAUUGACUUCUACCCCAAUGGAGGGGAGCUGAUGCCUGGCUGCAGCAAGAACAGCGGCAGCCCCAGCAAUCUGGACGGCAUCUGGGAAGGCAACGUGAACUUUGACGGCUGUAACCACGCACGGGCUUACCAGUACUACAGCGAGAGCACAGUGAAGGCCCACGGCUUCGUGGCCUACCCCUGCCCCGACAAGGAAAGCUUCGCCGCUGGAAUGUGCUUCCCAUGUACCGGGGCCUCCUGUCCCCUGAUGGGUCAGUCAGCUAUCAAGUUCAACCUGACCUCUGUCCCCACCGGGACCAAGUUCUUCCUCACCACAGGAAAAAAAGAGCCUUUUGGUCGGUACAGCUACAGAGCCAAGGUCCUGCUGGAAGGAUCCGUCUGGCCCAACCCUGGCUUCAUGUAUAUCUCCCUGAAGGGAGACCGCGAAGAGACAGAGUCUAUCCAGCUCCAUGUGGGCAUGCUGUCUCCAGGGUUCUAUGAGUUGCUCAUCAACACCGACAAGGAUGUAGGCGAGAUCAAGGAGAUGACCUUCCAAUGGAACAACCAUAUCUUUAACCCCAUUAAGCCCACAUACAGUGCCUCCAGAAUCGAGCUGGUGCGCGGGAAGGACAAUAAGACAUACAACUUCUGUGGCGGGGAUAGGGUGGGGGAAAAGGUCAUCCAGUCCGUGCCGCCGUGCAAGACAUAGUCUGCCACUACAACCUUUACAAUAAAACCAUCUUUAUGUUGAA